AAACUAAUUUCAUUAUUAAGGCCGAAAAGCAGGGAAUUUAGACAUGUAUGUAAGCUCGUUGCUCCACUUUUUAUCUGCCUUACCUACCAAUCUUUCUCUCUCUUCCACACUUACGUACACCAAACUACCAUACACAUAAAUAUUACUACUUCUUCAUUUUUUGAAACUUUGCAUAAUUCUGUAUACUAUUUCAUCACCCAAAAAAUUCAGGGGAAAUUAAUUGAAUAUAUAUAGAAGAUAUUUAUCUUGAAUAAUCAAGAUAUAUUUUUUUAUGAUUAGUAUAAUAUGACCAAGAUUAAAGGUAUUAUUACCUUUGUUCUUAGGCUUAUAGCUUUGGCAUCUACUAUUGUUGCAACUAUUGUUAUGGGCACAGCCCAUGAUUCUGCUUCUGUGCUGGGAAUCAAAUUCGACGCAAAAUUCACAAAUUCUCCGUCUUUCAAGUACUUCGUAAUUGCGUAUGCGGUAGUAAGCUUUUAUUCUCUAGUGGUUCUUUUGCUGCCUUUCAAGAACUUGCUAUGGCGCCUUAUUCUGGUUUUAGACAUGGUGGUGACACUGCUUUUGACUUCAGCAGCAUCGGCAGCAUUGGCAAUAGCAUACGUAGGAAAGAAAGGGAAUACUCAUGCAGGAUGGCUAGCAAUAUGCGGGCAAGUCCCUAAAUUUUGUGAUCAGACCAGCGCUGCCCUCGCCGUAGGCUUCGUUGCUGCAAUCAUCUAUUUUGUGCUCCUUCUCUACUCCCUUCAUGCUGCUCUUGGUCCUCUAUUUCCUGCUUCCACCUAAAUUUUCUAGCUAGCUAGAAUUUAUUAGUCAAUGUAAUGUAUGUAUACCAUGAAAUUUAGUGAGUUAUUAUUACUCCCAUACUUUCA